UCUGUCUGUCAGUGAAGACUCGAUCUGACACUCUUCUGCUGGAGACUGGACUUUAGAGAAAUGAUGCUGAUCUUUGGACUGAUGCUGCUGCUGCAAACUGCUGCAUCUGCUAUUGGCUCAGUGGAAGUGUCAAUCAUCUGCUCCUCCAAUCAGAGGUCAGUGUUCUGCUCCUCUGAGGGGGAUCAGCUCCUCUACAGCUGGACUCUGAAUGGAGAUCCACUGAUGGAAGGAAACAGCAGCAUUGAUCUGGAUGAGGGAACUGAUGGAGACAUCAGCUGCAGCGUGAAGAACCACGUCAGUCACGCACAGAAGACCAUUAGACUCGAACCCUGUCCUGGUCUGGAGUUGAACUGCAGUUUUAAUCAACCUGAUCCCUGUUACGCAGCUCUGGGACACAAACUCAAUCUGCUGACGGUGCGGGACGCUAGAGAAUAUGACCUGAAGAUAAUAAAGAGAAUAAACUACACACAAGAUGAUCCAGUUUGUAGAGUAAAAUAUGGCAGGAUGAGGGAUUGUGAUCUUUAUAACAACAGACCUGAAGUGACCAUCAUUAAUGGGACUGUGAUAAUAAAGCGUGUGAUCAGAGCAGAUUCAGGGAAUUACAGAUUAACACUCGCUCAUUGCUCAGACGGCACAGAAACAUCUAGAGAUCUUCAAGUGAUUGUUGAAGCUCCUAUUGGCUCAGUGGAAGUGUCAAUCAUCUGCUCCUCCAAUCAGAGGUCAGUGUUCUGCUCCUCUGAGGGGGAUCAGCUCCUCUACAGCUGGACUCUGAAUGGAGAUCCACUGAUGGAUGGAAACAGCAGCAUUGAGCUAAAUGAGGGAACUGAUGGAGACAUCAGCUGCAGCGUGAAGAACCACGUCAGUCACGCACAGAAGACCAUUAGACUCGAACCCUGUCCUGGACCAACUACUGCAGCUGUGACCUCUACUGUGACCUCUAGUUUGACCUCUGCAGUGACCAGCAGCUCACACACAUCAGAAUGUGUGUGUUCAGUGUCUGUGGUGUUUGUGCUGGCCUGGGGUUUCCAGCUGAUGGUUCUGUUGGGUCUGUUAGGAGGUUUUCACAUCUACAUGAGACACACGUCAGGAAAGAAAGAGGAAGAUCAGAAAGUGAGAAUGAGCAGAUUUAGAGAGCGACAUGAACACACAGCUGAAGAUUCAUGAGAGCAGCAGCAGAUCUUCACAUCUGUGAGAAAUGACUUCAGAAUCUCAGCGAUUCUCACAUCAGUCCAGCUUUCAUCAGGCGACAGCAGGAGAUCUUACAGAAUAAAGCCAGAAGACAUUUUCUGCAGUUUUAGUUAAGAAUCUCUUCUUUGAUUAGAUGAUUUUCUGGACAUUUGUUUUUGCAUCAGUUUAAUGCUUAUUUUAUUCAUUUGUCUUUACGCUUUGAAUGAACCAGCAGUAUUUUACAUCAUUACAUGAAACUCCUUCUGUUCAUCCAGAUUGUGAAGUCAUCCUGUGUGUUUUUCACAUUUUCUGCUCUUGUUAUUUUAUUCAGUUGGUUUUUGUUGAUUUCUCUUCAUAUGCGGCUUCUGUUUAGAUGUUUUAUCUGUUCAAAACUCUUCGUCUUGAUCCAUGCCUCAGUUUUAGGGCGUCUGGUGUUUUU